CAUUUCUUGUAUGAACGCCUUCAUUUUGUUCCUAGUUCUCUUUUAGUUGAGCGACUUAUGCAUAACCAGGUCCAGGUGCACCCCAUAAGAGGUGCACAGUCCUAUAUGCAGGCUGGGGGUGGCAGCUCCCAGACUCAGGUCCACCUCCCCGUGGGCCACCCCACGAGGGUUUCCCUGCCCCUGCCUGAGGUGUGGGUGGAGGGUGGCCCUCGUUCUUUCCCCCUCCACUGUGCCGAUUAAGGUGCCUUAGUGAGGGAUCCAAAGCCUCUGGGAUGGGUUCUUCACUCCCUUGACCCCCGGGGCCCCCUUUGCCCCACUGACAGAGAAGGAAAGCCUUAGGCAGAGUGGUUUUUGUGGGAGAGAGGAUUGAGAAUGGGCGCCUGGGCUCGGGGCAAGGGUUCAACAGCCCCUUGCGGCCUAAGCCCGGAGAGGAGGGGCACUCUAUUAAAGUUUGUUUUGGCUGCAUAAGAGCAGAGCUGAUUAUAAUGAUCCGUGGCAACCACUUACCAUUUAGUCUAAUUUUUCACACAGCAUAUAAUUACGCCCACCCCCACCUGUGUGUCAGAUGGGCUUGUGUGCGUUUUAUGUGACUGUAAUUUGUUAGUCGGUUCCGUGUGUGCAGCCCUGGUAGGCGUCUGAGGCUGGGCUGGCGGCUCCUGACCCCGGGCGUGUGGGGUUAGGAGGGUCACCUCCCCGGCACCUCCCUGUGAUGUGGCCUGCAGAGUGACUGCGUGCCGCGGGCCCGUCCUGUGGAAAGUGAGGGUUUUGGGAGCCGGGAGCAUGAGUCACCCACAGUAAAUGCAAACCAUAUGUUCUGUGUUUUCUGCUCGGCAGAAAGGGUUUCUGGUAACGCACUGGGGCCGGGGCUCUGAGUGGAGCUUUGUUUAUGCCACGUAAAAAUCCCAGGAAUGUGGGUGAACCUGUCCGAGAGCUGACCAGAACCCAAUUUCAUGGAAUAGGACACUUAGCCCAGUCACUGGUGGAGUUCCAGGCUGCUCGGUGGUUGUGACGUAGGUGUGUGCACAAGCUGACACUGACAUUCGAGUUUGGAGGAGGGGAGAGAAACGCGGGCUGACCCACGAGGCCCACAGGAAAGAGGUGGAGCAGGUGUACCUGCGCUGCUCGGCGGGCGCUGUGGAGUGGAUGUACCCAACAGGUGCUCUCAGCGUCAACCUGCGACCCAACGUUGUCUCGCCCUCCCGCCCCCUGACUCUGUGCGUCAAGCCCCUUGGGGACUCCUCUGGGGCCAAUAUUUAUUUGGAGAGAACGGGAGCGCUGAAACUCCUGUUCCGGGACGGGGACCAUGGGCCUGGCCGGGUGCGCUGCUUCGGCUUCCAGCAGGGCAGCCUGUUCGUGGAGGCGACGCCCCAGCAGGACAUCCGCCGGAGGACCACGGGCUUCCAGUACGAGCUGAGCAGCCGGCCCACCGGCUCAGAUCUGCACGCUCUGUCAGCUCCCUGCCGGCCCUGCAGUGACACCGAGGUGCUCCUGGCAGUCUGCACCAGUGACUUCGUGGUCCGAGGAGCCAUCCAGGACGUCACCCAUGCCCCUGAGCGGCAGGAGUCGGCCAUCCACCUGCGCGUGAGCCGCAUCUACCGGCAGAAGAGCAGGGUGUUCCGUGCGGCGCCCGGGGGCGGCUGGCAGGGCCGCAUCUCCACGCUGCUGGCCUGCGGCGUCCGGCCCGGGCGUGGCGAGUUCCUCUUCACGGGACACAUGCACUUUGGGGAGGCCCGGCUCGGCUGCGCCCCUCGCCUAGAGGACUUCCAGCGGAUGUACCAGGACGCAGAGGCGCGGGGGCUGAACCCCUGUGAGAUGGCUGUGGAGUGACAGCGGGUGGCUGUGGGGUGACCGAAUUAUUGGGGUGGACGCCUGGCGACCAUGUGUGGAGUCCGAUGCACGAGGUUCCGGCCAAGGAGACCCCAACCGAUUGGUUGGAAAUGCUGUAAAAUGCAAACUAAGUUAUUAUAUUUUUUUUAAAAAAAGAAAUGCCCAUAGGAAACA